AUGGGAAACUCCCAAGGAAAGCCGGUGGUUUUCACCGACGAAGUGAAUCUCAAUCACUUCCGUCUCCUUCGUGUCGUGGGCAAGGGUGCAUUUGGCAAGGUCCGAAUUGUUGAGAGAAAGGACUCAGGCUUGACUUUUGCCUUAAAGUACAUUCGUAAAGAAGAAGUGGUCCGUUCAGAAAGUGUCCGCAAUAUCAUCCGAGAGAGACGUAUGCUGGAACACCUCAAUCAUCCAUUUCUAUGCAACUUGCGCUACAGUUUUCAGGACAUGGAAUACAUCUACAUUGUUGUCGAUCUCAUGAACGGUGGUGACUUACGAUUCCAUAUCUCGCGAAAAUGUUUCACGGAAGAAGCUGUCCGGUUUUGGGUCGCUGAAUUGGGAUGCGCAUUGAGAUAUAUCCACUUACAAGGCAUUGUCCACCGUGAUUUGAAACCAGACAAUGUUCUUCUGGAUUCCCAAGGUCAUGUCCACUUGGCUGAUUUCAACGUUGCGUCCGAUUUUAAGCCCGGCAAACCAUUGACGAGUAAAUCAGGGACCUUGGCCUACUUAGCCCCAGAAGUCUACGAAGGAGGGGGUUAUUACAAUGAAGUUGAUUGGUGGUCGCUAGGUGUGACUUUUUAUGAGUGCAUUUACAACAAGCGCCCGUUCGAAGGUCGCAGCCAGGACACCCUCAGUGAAUCCAUUACGAAAGCACAACCCAAAUACUAUGUCACAAACCCGGCCGUAUCAGUCCCAUGCUUGCGAGCUCUAUCGGCUUUGAUGGAAAAAGACCGAAGUAAGCGAAUCGGAGCAACCGGCUUUGAAACAUUCACAUCGCACGAAUUCUUUGCGGAAAUCGAUUUUGGGGCAUUGGAAAGAAAGGAGAUCGACCCAAUCUUCACGCCGUCGAGCGAUAAAACUAACUUCGACGCGACAUAUGACUUGGAGGAGCUACUCUUGGAAGAAGCGCCAUUGGAAGCAAGGGCGCGGAGACAGAAACCUCGAGCAGAAUUAAGAGAUGACGCUACAGCCAAGGAGAUUCGUGAGGACGAGCUUCACCGUGUCAUUGAGACCAUGUUCGAACCAUUUGAUUACACACAGGUGUCGUACAACGGUAAUGCGGCCGCUGCUUUGGCAGCAACAUGCGAUCCCGAAGAUCACCUUCUUUCUAAUGGCACUAAUACUGGAUCUGGAUCGUUACACUCACGACAGAUGUCUCAGUCAAACUCGAUGAGUGGGACAUCCCCUCCUAACUACGCCGACAAACCCUUCACUAACCCUAACGCACCUCCUAAUGUUGUUGUACCUUUACCUGAAGAAGAGAACGUUUCUCGAUCGUCGCACAACCGGCCACCGGUGACUUCAGCACCUUCCCCUAUUUCACCAUCUGCUGCGCCAUCGUUUAGCCGUCCACUUCCACCAUUGCCGUCAAACCUUCGCACGAGAGGAGCCACGCGAAAGAUGAGCAAAGGCGGCGGUGUUCAGAUGGUUUUGGAAGAAACGGGCAGCUGGAGUGAGCUGGCAGACCAGAGUACUACUCUCCCUGCAGAAGGAUAUGAAGCAUUACUUAAUAAAGGCCAAAAGCCACCGAAUAGUGGCAUGCUGGCGUUCCUGAACCGCAAGAAGGGACGCGAACGCAGCCCCAAGCCUACUGAACCUGGUGUUCUUGGUAAGGAGGGUGCUCGGCACAUCAUAAGUUGA